AUGACGACCUCUUCACCACAGUUUCGCGAGUCGUCGCCCCUGAUGGGCACGAGGAGCCCGAAAUCCCAGUUCACUUAUCGACAGCUCUCACUUCUCGCCUCAUAUGCCGUAUCUAGUCCGCUACGGGUCAUCGCUCACAUUGACCUCGAUGCAUUCUAUGCCCAGUGUGAGAUGGUGCGCCUGGACACCCCAGAGGACCAGCCCCUGGCCGUGCAGCAGUGGCAAGGUUUGAUUGCCAUCAACUACCCUGCGCGUAGCUUUGGCAUUGGAAGGCACUGCACCCUUGCAGAAGCGAGGAAGUUGUGCCCAGACCUGAUCGCACAGCACGUGGCCACAUGGCGCGAGGGCGACGACAAGUGGGCGUAUCGUGACGAUGCCGCCGCCAACAUUACGAGCGACAAGGUGUCGCUCGAUCCCUAUCGGUUGCAGUCGAGAAAGAUCCUGGCACUCAUCAAAGAAACACUACCAUCUGACCUCCAAAAGGUUGAGAAAGCAAGCAUCGAUGAGGUGUUCUGCUACCUCGGCCCGCCGGUUGUCGCGCUCGACUGGCAAGCAGACGCCUUGAUUGACCUAGACGAGGACGCGGAGAACCAGGACCCUGACUGGGACGACGUGGCAAUACUGAUUGGGUCCGAGAUUAUCCGGGGUGUCCGCGCACGCAUUCACGAAGUCCUGCAUUACACUUGUUCCGCCGGCAUAGCGAAUAACAAGAUGCUCAGCAAGUUGGGCUCGGCCCACAAGAAGCCCAACCAACAGACUGUGAUACGCAACCGCGCCGUCCAACAGUUUCUUUCCGACUUCAAAUUCACCAAGAUCCGCAACCUGGGUGGCAAGCUUGGUGAUACCAUCGUCAACACGUUCAACACGGACACCGUCAAAGAUCUCCUGCCGACCCCACUGGAUCAGAUGAAGGCGAGACUGGGGGACGAGACGGGUAUCUGGGUUUACAACACGAUUCGUGGCAUUGACCAGAGCGAGGUCAACUCUCGAACCCAGAUCAAAUCAAUGCUGUCCGCCAAAUCAUUCCGCCCCUCCAUUCACACACCAGACCAAGGGAAUCGUUGGCUGCGAAUCUUUGUCGCUGACAUCUUUUCCCGAUUGGUCGAGGAGGGUGUGCUCGAAAACAAACGCAGGCCAAAGACGAUAAACCUGCACCAUAGACACGGUGGCCAAAUGAAGUCACGUCAAGGGCCAAUACCUCAAGGGAAGCCCAUUGAUGAGCAAGGUCUGUUCGAUCUUGCGAGAAACCUAUUGCAGCAGAUUGUCGCGGAGGGCAAAGUCUGGCCCUGCGAGAAUCUCAGCCUAAGUGUUGGUGGCUUCGAAGAUGGCAUCACCGGAAACAUGGGAAUCGGCGCUUUUCUGGUAAAGGGAGCUGAAGCUCAGGCCUUGAGGCAGGCGUCGAACACCUCGACUCACAUGUCCCCGUCUGAGGUACCAGCUGCCAAGAAACGCCGCCUGGCUAGUGACGGCGGCAUACACAAAUUCUUGACCCGAAGCGUCUCUAUAGACGAAGAUGUGGCCGCUCACGAUGCGGCCAAGACUGAAGAGAGCAAAUCAACUGACGACAAGCAGCAGAUACUCUCAACGGGCACGACAACUUCUCGUGUCAAAGACGCCGGAGAAAUCGAGACAAACGAUUCGAACCCCUGGGCUGUGCCCGUCCAUUUGUGCAGCAGAUGCAAUGCACGCUUCCAAGAUAGCGACGACUUCCAAAGCCACCAGGAUUGGCAUAUUGCCAAGGACCUCCAGGAUGAAGAACGUGGAAAGUCCGCAUUCGUCCAAACACCGCCCUCCGCCUCUCAUGCUGCCGGCCCCCGCAAAGCUGCCACAUCCGCGAAGGGAGGUGGCCGAAGCGGCAAGCUCGAACAUGGCCAACGUAAACUGAAGUUUGGCUAG